GUGCCGAUUCGUAUGCGAGAUGUUCUACAGAGGAAUGUACAGGAUUGGGCGUAUCCGGUGUUUGUUGACAGCGACAACCUUACCGUUGUUCAAAGACGCACAGACAGCCUGACUUUAACAGAAGCUAGGGCAGCGAUAAAAGCAACCCGCUCUUUACCAAGCAGCAUGGCACAGCAGUUUAUCCGUACCUGGAAACGGUUUCAGUGCGGACCCAUUUGACAUCGAUUCUACAGAAAUCCCCAGCAGUGCUCAUGUUAAGCAACUGCCACAUGAAACCUUAACGGAGAUUUUCCAGUAUCUACAUCCAUUGGAGAAGGUGAAAUACCGUGGCGUCUGUGCGAAAUGGAAUUCGGUUCUAAGCCAGGAAGACACAUUCAAACUGGUUUCCGUAUCCGCCAAAGCAUUCCCCACGCUCGGCAGCUGUGAUUCCUGUGAUGACAUGGAAGAGUACCGGUUAUCUGCGGUUUGCAUAACGGCAACCUGUCUUGUAAAAUGCAUAUCGCCGGGAACGCGGUGGGUCGUCGUCCAGGAUGCCGGCGGACCGGAAGGAGAUAUCGUUGAUUACUGUCUGGAAGACUACAUCUUGCUAAUUAAAGACAUUUGCCAGCAGUUAGGACCCCGCACCAACAUCAUUGGAAGGCCGCUGUUUGCAUUACGCAUCACCGAGGGGUAUCUUAGUUUGCAAACGACGAAUAUAGAACGUGACCUUUGUGAUCUUCUGGAGAAGGACAUUUCCGUGGAUGUUACGGAGCUGUCUUCUUGGAUUACUAGUGUCGCACCGGGUCAGCAAGGCGAUAGCGCGCUAGCACGCCAGAUUAAACAGAUUUUAAGGAACUGCCAACGCAACGAUCAGGACCGGCAGUGGACGUUGCCGGAUCUCGGACGCUGCGGUUUGGGGACGUUGAGCAAGCUGGCUAUUCUUCUACUGGAUCGUGCAAUGCGCGCCCAUCAGCGAAAUGGGACUAGCACAUGAAGCCAUUCGGAUUUGCUGCAAACUUGGUUGAUAUUACUAUUACUCCGGAGCAAAGCCGGUGUCCCAUUUUCGGCUGGGGUGAACUUUUAUCGUGGAUAUUAAAACCUGAACAAUCGCAAAUGGAUAACUGUAUGGUUCGCAUUAGUAACUAAAAGCAACUUUUUUCAGUUAGUUGGUCGAUAAAUCAAUCGCGACACUCAAUGUAUAAUACCGUAACUGUUUUAAUGGCAGUGUUUAACCCGAAGAAGGAUAGUCAUUUUAAUUACAAAGUACUACACGUAGUAUUUUCUUACUAUUGGGAAAUCUAAUUGCGAGUAGUGCUACCGCCCAGCCUGUUUUCUCACUAUUACACUUUACUCACUAUUCUAUGUUCGCGUAGCCAUAUUAUACUGACCUGUUCGAAAAUUGAUGACUCAUAAGAAACUAUUGAAAAUAAUAUUUCUACCCACAUAAUACAGUAUAUUAUGUUCCUACAUCCACGGCGCGAUGUAGAAAC